AUGGACGACGUACGAAUUGAGUGGAUACGAAACGAAGUUUACUUGGCUUUGGAAAUCGCUGACACAGAUGUGUUUGAAGAUUUGUUGAACAGAGAUGAUGGUGUGAAUGAAAGCUUGAUACAGAAAUAUUUAAACGAGACUCCUGCAGAAGGAACGGCGUUGAUUUUACAUUCGCAAAAACAUCGCAGCACAAUAGUUUUGACCCACCUAUACAAAGAUUGAAAAUUCUGAGCUGAACUCCCACCACUUGUGGAACAGGUCCACAAAGUGGGACAAAAUCAAUAUUUUGUUGAUAGCCUAAGGUCUAGGAGUCAUAAUAUUGGCUAUGAUGUCAAAUUGAUGUUUUGCUGUUAAAUGUCAAUUUGAUAUAGCCUAUGUUAAAUUGAUAUUUUGCUGAAAAAACAUCAAAUUGACAUUGCCUGUGUCAAAUUGAUGUUUUGCUGUUAACAUAUUGUUUGACAGAGUAAAAUAAUAAACCACUAGGGAACAUUACGGCACAAUGCAACGGUUUUAAUGGAUAAUUACACUACACUUUCAAUGUUUCAGAGCCUGAAAUUCCAGUAAUUCCUGACGGAGAUGAACUGCUAGAGGGUGAAGGUAGUUCCAUCAAUGAACUUGGUGAACCUCUGAUGAAUGGUACCAUGCAGCCAGAUGAAAUACUGGUCAAUGGUGACUUGAAUGGUGAGGUGAAUCCUGAAACAGGUGAAGCCAUACAGGAGGAAAAACCGGCAGAUGAAAAUGAGGAGGAUGCUGCUGGGAAAUUUAAAUUUACACCAGUGACAGUAAGUUCUGACAAUUACCCAUCAUUUCUAUCAUCAUCAUCAUUUAAAUCUGCAUUAAUUACUGUGAAGUGUAAUAAUCAAUAA